AUGAAGCUUUCUGUGAUUUCUUUCGUCGCCGCAGGCGUGGCUUCGGUCAUGGCUAGGUCUGCCUCGGUUUGCCCAAGCGACAACACUCAUGCCACAGGAGCCACGCUCCAAAAGAUUGUCGACUACAAGAAGGGAGACCAUCAGAUUAUGGCUGGCUACUUCCGAUCUUGGAGAGACACCGCCAGCUCCACAGUCAACAAAGUCUCUAUGCUCGAUUUGCCGGACUGCCUAGACAUUGCCUUCGUCUUCCCGGAAGGCGAUGAGCCUGAUACCUUUUAUACUGCUCUGAAAGAUACCUACGUCCCAGAGUUGCACAAGCGUGGCACCAAGGUCGUCCGAAGUGUUGGGAUUGCUCAGCUGAUCAGCACCGAUUGGGACAAUACGCCUGCUGGAUGGCAGGGCCUCGCCGAUGAUCUCAUGAAAAAGGUCGAUAACUACGGACUGGAUGGAUUAGAUAUUGAUGUUGAGCAAAACCUCAACUCCGACCAGCUCAAGCAGGCCACUGGUGUUUUCAACGCCCUUUCCAAGAAGCUGGGCCCCAAGUCCGGAACCGGCAAGUUGCUCAUCUUUGACACCAACAUGGAUGGCAGCCAGCCCCUCUGGCGCAACGUAUACCCUACCAUCAGCUAUGUUCUGAUUCAGUCCUACGGUCGCAGCAUCAGUGGCUUGCAGAGCACCUACAGCUCUUUCAGCCGCUACAUUUCGAGCAAGCAGUACCUUAUCGGGUUUUCCUUCUACGAGGAGAAUGGCGCCGAUUGGGGUGAUACGACCACUCCCAUGACGUCUAGUCGUGCUUGGCAAUACGCCAAGUGGCAGCCCUCGGGCGCGACCAAAGGUGGCAUUUUCUCCUAUGCUAUUGACCGCGACGGAGUUGCCAUUGGCGACAAUGAGCUUCAGCCGACCGACUUCACCUGGACGCGCAAGCUGAUUUCGGCAAUGAACCCGUAG